AUGCUAAGUCCAGCAAAGAAAUUUAAGAAUGUAUGCCCGAAAUGUUGCAAGUCUGUUUAUGCUGCCGAGGAGAUGUUAGCAGCUGGUCAGAAGUGGCACAAAACAUGCUUUAAGUGUGGUCUCUGUCAAAAGAGGUUGGACAGCACAAACGCCGCCGAACAUGGCGGUGAACUGUACUGUAAGCAAUGCUACGGUAGGAAGUUCGGGCCUAAAGGUUACGGUUUUGGCCAAGGUGCUGGCACCCUUAGCAUGGACACUGGAGCGCAUCUAGGCAACACUGAAACACAAAUGUCCAACAAGCCAACGGAUCCUAACUAUGGUUAAUCCAUGUUCCAUUGCUAAAACAGAUAAAACUCACCUACAACAAAGAAA